UUGAAGGAAGUGUGUGACUCGAGGGCCCCCCGCGAUCGAUGCGGUUUGUUCGGAAAACGGCGUGCUCUUAAUCAACUCGGACUCGGAGAAGUGUCACUCGAUUGCACCCGAUCAUGCCGGAUCACGAUAUUGAGAUGAUAACGAGCGAGCAGUUGCACGCGGCGCUGCGCAAGUCGCAGAAACACUUCAUCAUCCUGGACUGUCGCAGCUCGCACGAGUACACCGAGAGCCACAUCCGGACGGCGGUCAACUUCUCGAUCCCGUCCAUUAUGCUGCGCCGGUUCGCGGCCGGCAAGAUCGACAUCACGUCCACGAUCAAGUGCCGCGAUCUGAAGGAGCGCAUCCUGUCCUGCUACAAGGAGAGCACGUUCGUGCUGUACAACAACAGCAACGAACCCCCGGUGGACGGUGGCGGAGUGCGGGCCGAGGAGCUGCUGCUGGGCGGCGGACCGUCCGUCGUGGCCACCAACGAUACCACCAUUAAUGUGCUGCACCGGAAGCUCAAGCAAGAUGGCUGCCGCGUCGUUUGCCUGGAAGGAGGCUAUGCCAACUUUCGUCAGUCAUUUCCGGAGUGGUGCGAGGAUGAAGUCAUCAAUGCCAACCUGCAGACGGGAUGUGCGGCCACGGAGCAACUGAUGGGACUGAGAUCCCUACGCAUUUCGAUCCCGUUCUCGGACUCGGCCUGCAGCAGCAGCACCGAGUCGUCGGACUGCGAAAGCACAACCAACUACCUGUCGGAGGCAGCGGUCAGCGUGGAACCGGUCGAGAUACUGCCCGGCCUCUUCCUCGGCAAUGCCUCGCACAGCGAGGACCUAAAGUCACUGAGAAAGUACAACAUUAAAUACAUUCUGAACGUUACGCCCGAUCUGCCGAAUGUGUUCGAACGCGACGGCCAAAUACGCUAUCUGCAGAUACCGAUCACCGAUCACUGGUCGCAGGCCGGCGAACUAGCCAAUCACUUUCCGGACGCAAUCAAGUUCAUUGAUGAAGCCCGCUCGAACGGGUGCGGAGUGCUGGUGCACUGUUUGGCCGGAGUGUCCCGCUCGGUGACCGUCACGCUCGCCUACCUAAUGUUCGCCCAGACCCUCUCCCUGAACGACGCGUUCCUGCUCGUCCGCUCGCGCAAACCGGACGUGUCGCCCAACUUCCACUUCAUGCAGCAACUGCACAGCUUCGAGCAGCAGCUCAACAUCGACCCGACGCAGUCGGCCACCGCCAAGCAGCAGCUCUACUCGGCCUCUUCCCUCUCGUCGUGCUCUUCCUCUUCCGGUAGCGCUGGUGGUGCGGGUGGUGGUCAUGGUGGUGGCGGCGGCGGCGUUGGCGGUGGUUGCUCCACCACACCAUCGUCGCUAGACGGGGGCGGAGGCAGUGGUGGCGGCGUGGUGGGUGUUGGCAGUCAGUCCGUGUCCACCACUCCGUUCAGUGCCAACUCGGUCGGUUCGUCCGGUUCGGCCGGAUCGAUCGGGAUGGACUCUUCGGCGAGGCACCUGCAGCAGCACCAUCAUCAUUCCCACAACCCAAAACAACAGCAGCAGCAACAGCAGCAGCAGCAGCAUUCCCAUCAUCAUCACCACCAUCAGCAGCUACACUCGCGGCACAUGGUCAAGUACAACUGCACCUGCGUCGAGGUGGAGUGCAAGUGUACCCAGGCGGCCAUCGAUCUGCUCGGCCCGUUCACGACCGGCAUCUCGCCCGACUCCGGCAUCGAGUUUGACCGGUGGACACCGAGCAGUAACACGCCGAAAUGAGAUUCGGCCGCCGAGGGUGGGCGGUUCAGGCUGCCGGACCACUUCCUCCUUCCAUCAUCACCGGCCGAUCACCACCCGAAAGACGGUGACACCACCGGCAGCAGUGGCGGUGGUAACGAUCGGCACGAUCUUCCCCGGCCGCCGCUCCCCACUCUCACGACGACGAUUGCGGACCCGACGGCCACCCAGUCCGAGGCGCCAGACACUGAGGCAACGGAUUAGAGCCUGAAAGAAUCCUAUUCAUUGUUAACUGUGUGCGCUUUGUGUGCUUUGGGGGUAAUCGUUCCGCUUCCGUGUCCGAUGACGACCACCACCGAGAAUCCAGUUCUCCUCUGGCGAGUGUGCCGAUUUUGCCGGGCUGUCGAAUUGGUGCCAAAAUUGUCCCAAUGACGCGCACACACGUUUGACACACAUCCGAUCGAAUCCAAGGGGUAUCCGGGCAGCCAUGCCUCAUGCACCCUCUCCGCACGAUGCACCCGAUGGUUGCUACGUUACUAUCCCUUUUUCUCCAGUAGGCGAUUUGGGUAUGAGUCGAUUUCCGUUUUGCUGCUGUCCAAAAGAAGCCUUUGGAAGAAGAAAAGAGACAGAGAGACAAAGGGAAAAGGAGGGCGAUAAGUGAAGCGAAAGGACGUUUGAAAGUUGUAAAGUUUGAUAUGAAGUAACGCAAAUCUUUAAUAUAGAGUGUUGACAGAGUCUGACAGAGCGGCACUGGGAAGUGGACAGUUGCGAAGGUAUAAAGAUUAUAUUAAGGAUGUUAGACGCAAGCAAGAAUUGCUAAUUUGGAACGAUAAGCCACACUAAAGAUGAGCAAAGAAAGAGAGCGAAAGAGAGUGAGAGAGAGAGAGAGAGAGAGAGCAAAUGAAGAACCAUUACACAGCUGCAUUGUAGAGCGAAAGAUUGUAACACAAACUCGCACACAAUUACACAGACACGCGCAGAGUGCGAUCAGAGAAAGACAGCAUGAGAGCAGAAGCACACAUACAAAUUGGCAAAGGAAUUAACAAUCGUGCGUUCGUAUGAAUAUAUAUAUUACAAAAUAAUAUAUGAUAUGAUAUAGAUACAUAUAGAUAUAUAUUUAUGUUGACACGUCGUUAUAUUAAUUAAUGCAUUAAUUAUUUCUUAUUACAUGUAGUUCGAAAGUGUAGUACUCUUGUUCACGCACACACGUAUACACGCACACCACACCG